ACAGCCACAUAUCUAUAGUCCAUAGAGACUGACUAAGUAUAUUGAGAUGGGUCCUUGACUAGUACAUCCUUUAAUUUACAAAUUGUUUAUUUCUGCAAGGCCAUGUGCGAGUCCGGAGUAACGUGGUAUCCGGUAACCUGUUCCUCCGGUUCAUGCUCUUGAAAGCAUGUAAGUGUGGAGUUCAGUAUGUUUUUCGUCUGGAGAAGCGGCUGGAGCUUGCGUUCAGAAAGUCAAGCUUUCAUAAUAUGCCGUGUGAAGUUGCCGCUUGCUUCUUGAUAUUGUACGGAUCUCAGCGUGGUCAGGCUCAGUCUAUAGCCGAAGAGAUCUGCCAACAAGCAGCUGAGCAUGGUUUUACAGCCGAUAUCAGCUGUUUGAGCAACCAGCACAAGUACAACGUGGAUCGUGAAAUCCGGCCAGUUGUGUUUGUGGUUUCCACGACUGGUGAUGGUGACCCUCCGGACACAGCUCAGAAGUUUGUAAGAAAGAUCAAGAACAAAUCUCUGGUGCAUGACCACUUCUCCCAUCUGCAUUAUGCACUGUUAGCUUUGGGAGACACAAACUAUGCAAAUUUCUGCAACGGGGGCAAGACCAUUGACCGCCAUCUGCAGCAACUUGGUGCUAAGCAUUUCUAUGCCACUGGGCAUGCAGAUGACGGCACUGGACUUGAAGUAGUGGUGGAUCCUUGGAUUGAGGGACUCUGGGACGCUCUGAAAAAAGUAUUCUCCAGCAUGUCGUCUUUAACUCAACAGGACGCUGACCUUAGUGACUCUACACAGGACAAUUAUCAUAAAAAUGCAUCUGGCCAGGAAAAAAACAAGUCAGAUCUAGAAGUCGAUCUUCAGCUUUUAAAGCUGAGUGAAGUAGAUUCACAAAAAGGAAAAACGAUUACAUCUGACAGCAGUGAUGUAGAGACUCUUUCUACCGCAUUGGUUGCAUCUCUAAAGCAAUCGGUGCCACCAUUGUCAGAGUCUGUUCUUAAUGUUCCUGCACUUCCCGCUUCAUAUCUGGAGGUCCGUUUGGAGCAGGUGUCAGCUGAAUGGGAGACAGUCGCAUCUGAUAAAGACGGUUAUCGUGAGUUUUCCAUUUCAAAAGCAGUUCAGUUAACUCAAGAUGAUGCAGUGAAAACGGCCAUCUUACUGGAGCUUGAUACUUCGGUGCAGAACAUUGUUUACCAUCCUGGAGAUGCCUUUGAUAUUCUCUGUCCGAACAGAGCCACUGAAGUUGAGGAGUUGCUGCUCAGACUGGAUCUGCAAACGCAAAAGAAUUGUGCUGUUCAGGUCAACUUGCUUAAAAACAGCAGUAAGAAAGCAGCAAAAGUUCCACUUCACAUCCCACAGAACAGCUCUUUGCAGUUUAUUCUCACCUGGUGUUUGGAGAUAAGGAGUGCUCCAAAAAAAGCAUUUGUGCGAGCAUUGGCGGACUUCACUCAGAACAGUUCAGAAAAAAGAAGGCUUUUGGAGUUGUGUAGCAAAGAAGGCUCAGCAGACUACAACACCUUUGUCAGGGACACCAAUGUAUGUUUGCUGGAUCUGCUUCGGGCCUUCCCAUCCUGCCUUCCUCCACUCAGACUUCUGUUUGAACAUUUGCCAAAGCUUCAGCCCAGAGCCUAUUCUGCUGCCAGCUCCAGCCUUCAGCACCCUGGGAAAGUUCAUUUCGUGUUCAAUGUUGUGGAGUUCCCUGCACGCCCCGAGCAUCCGGCGAGGACAGGGUUGUGCACGGGCUGGCUGGCUGAUCAUGUCUCCUCAAUCUUGCGUCCCCUUGGGACGGUACCUGCAUCAUCCCAGCCGAAGGUACAUGUCAGGCCUCGUCCCAGCAGCACCUUCCACUUACCGGCCGACCCGUCUAUUCCUGUAGUGAUGGUGGGUCCUGGGACAGGUGUGGCCCCCUUCAUUGGAUUUCUUCAACAAAGAGAGAAAGAACGAGAAGCGAACCAGGAAGCAACUUUUGGAGAAACAUGGCUCUUUUUUGGAUGUCGCCACAAAGACAAAGACUUUCUUUUCAGAGAGCAGCUGGAGAGAUUUGCGUGUAAUGGAACCCUGAGCCAUCUGAUCGUGUGCUUCUCCAGAGAUGAGCCUGAUGCAGCGGGAACCGUUAACACGCCAGCAUAUGUCCAGCAUAACUUGAGUCUCCAUGCUAAAAAUGUUGCCAGAAUCCUCCUCAAAGAUAAAGGCUGUCUUUAUGUCUGUGGGGAUGCAAAGAACAUGGCAAAAGAUGUGAAUGACACCCUACUGAAGAUCAUAGGAAAUGAACUUCAGAUCGAUAAACUGGAUGCUAUGAAGAAAGUAGCAGGACUUCGUGAGGAGAAGCGAUAUCUGCAGGACAUCUGGAGUUGAGAAAUCACACAUACAGAACACAGACAAAUAGUGUAUGUUUAUCUUUAAUAUUUUAUUUCAUCAGGUGUUACUGAGUGAUAGCCAAAUUCAUUAACCGACUGCCUUUCAACUACCUUAAGUCACUCCUUUUCAAGUAUUUUAAAAGCUUUUAGUGAAUUAUCUGAAGGUAUGGUUAAACGCACUUAGAUUAGAUAUGUUUGGUAAAAAAGCUUUGAGGACUGUUUCUGUAGGGUUUAGAUACAGCUCAGGUAAAUAUGCAUAAUGCAUCAGACCUGGAAGGAAAGAAGCUGCCAAAUCCAGGAUCAGUGUUGAGUACUCGAGACUCGGACUCGGUCUUGGACUCGGUCUCGAGACCGUAUUUUAAUGGUCUCGGUCUUGUCAUGGUGUGCAUUUUGACUCGGUAUUGACUCGGACUCGAACAUAU